CUCGGGAACGCGAGCACAGCGUCCAGCAGCAGCGGAACUCCGUCACGGGACUCGCUCAAGCGGCGCGCUCAGCUCCACACCGCGUUCCGAACUGAGACUUGCCGACGGAGACGCCGACUGAGAGGACCGCGACACGAUGCAGGAACCGACAGUGAUGAUGCCCAGCACAGUGUUCUUCAGCAACCUGCGGCCCGAGGCCGAGCCCUUCGAGCCGCCGCCAAUGAAGCACUCCGACACGCGCGACAGCAUCUCGUCCAUCGACAGUGACAUCUCGUUGACGUUCGACCACAACGCGGAAGAGGGCGCGCACCUGGCCGACAUGUCCGACUGCGGCUCCGACGCCGCGGAGUCGACCCCGUCGGCGGGCUCCCCGUCGGCGGCGACCAAGGAAGAGCCCGCUAAGGACGAGCCCCCUUUCGUGCCGCCCGACGACGAGCUCGCGCAGAAGAUCGUAGCCCAAGUGGAGUUCUACUUCUCCGACGUGAAUAUCACCAAAGACGCCUUCCUGCUGAAGCACGUGAAGAGGAACAAGGAGGGCUACGUGUCGCUGAAGCUGAUCUCGAGCUUCAAGCGCGUGAAGCACCUGGCGCGCGACUGGCGCUCCGUGGCGUACGCGCUCGAGCGCUACUCGACCAAGCUGCAGAUCAACGAGGCGGGCACCAAGCUGCGCAGGGUGGACCCGCUGCCGGCGUACGACGAGACGGCGCCGUCGCGCACCGUCGUGGCGGCGCACCUGCCGCCCGACAGGCCCACCAUCGAGGGCGUCGCCGACCUCUUCUCCAGCUACGGAGACAUCGCGCUGGUGCGCAUCGUGCGGCCCGGCAACCCCGUGCCGCAGGACGCCAGGGCCUUCCUGGCGCGCCACCCCGAGCUCGCCGGCACCGUCUGCGCGCUGGUCGAGUUCACCACCACCGAGAGCGCGCACCGCGCCCUGGCCGGCUGGCGCGCGCGCACCAGCGGCGUCGCCGUGCACGAGCUCGUCUCGCACGACGCCAACAACAACACGACGACGGCGGGCGGCCAGCAGCAGCAGCCGCCGCGCAAGAAGUCUUCGGUGUCGUCCGGGCCGUACCACAGGAAGUCGGUGGUGACGCGCCUGGUGACGAGCGACUACUCGAGCAGCUGCUCCGAGGCGGAGACGGAGCCGCGCCCGCCGCCGUCCAACCCGCACAACAUCCCCGUGGCGCCGCUGGUGCAGGCCGUGUCGGCGGCCAUCCGCAGCACGGCCGGCGCCGCCACCAUAGUCGCCGCCAAGGACCGGCAGGUAACGCGCGCGCGCACCGCCCCCGAGCUGUGCCCCUGGGUGGCGCAGCGGCGCGAGUCCGACUUCCGCCCCCGCUCCAACAGCGGCGUCACGCACCUGCCGGACAACGUGCUGCGCAUGCCGCGCGGGCCCGACGGCGGUCGCGGGUUCGCGUCCCGCCCCAGGCCCCUGGUCUGCGCCUCGUGAGCGCAGCCUCCUCCUUUGCGGCGGCGCGACUUCCGAUCGGAAGCCGCAGACCUCGAGCGGUGCGUCGACCUCGGCCUCCGUGGCCGGUGACUGGCGCGGCCUUGGCCGGCCGCCCGCACCCGCCGGCCGUGACACCGAUACCGAUGCGGCGCCGCAAGGUCAGCGGCGAGCAGUGCGUGCGCGUGUGUUCGUGUGUGGUGUAUCGGCCGUCGAACCGCCGUCGGCGCUGCUCUCUCCGAAUCGGGCCAAGGCGGUCCGCUUCGGAGAGAUAGAUAGAGAGAGACAGUUGAUAUCUGGGCGUAUCUCCCAGCCUAAGUUAUUCGAUAUUUAUGUUGCUUGCUCCUCUUGUGUUUGCAUCUCGAGUGUUGUACAGCGAUCAUUUCUACCCCGAGAAUCUUAUUCUUGUACCCUUUCAAAUAUUUUCACUCUGUUAACUUCUCGACAAUAAUCAGUAGAGAAAAAACUCAUGAUUCGACCUUCAGUUUGCUUUCCCUCUUGUCGACAAACAUUCCUAUCUCGGCCUCUAAAACUAAAUUUAUUUACAAAGUGCACUUGUUGUUUGUCGGCGGGAGGGAAACGCUACAGCUGUGCCUUAAAAUUUUCGCUCCAAAACACUCGUUAACUGCUACGGAAAUCGUAUUGUAAAAAUUGUGUGCUAAUCUGAUGUGAUCUUGUAUAUGUAAACAUAUACGUAUUGUGAUGCAAAAUAUAAUGUAAUAGCUUUUCUCCUGCGGACGAAGGCUAGAAACCAAAGACUGAAACAAGGAAAUUAGGAUAAUAUGUUUGGUUGGAUGUGUAUUUUGUAACGAAUAUUGUUGUUCUCGUUUGAUCUUUUUUUGUGUUUGUUUGAACUGUACUGUCGACGUCUGAGAAUGUGUACACAUUUUCCUUUUUAAUAAUGAAUGAUUUUCACGUUA